CUUCAACCGGCCACCGUGAUUGAGUGGCACUCUUGAAGGUCGACGGUCGUGGUAAGAUUUUCCGAAGAGGACUUUAGCACCGCAAUCUCACUCUUCUCCAGUUCCUUGGCGCCUGAAGUGGUGCUGUUCACCCCCGUUCAAAGAUGUUCACCCGUGUGGCGACGGUCGCCCUUCGGCAGACUGCACGCAAUAUUUCCACCACAUCGCAAAACAAUGCCAGAGUGGCCGUUUGCGGUGCCUCCGGCGGCAUUGGACAGCCUCUGUCGCUGCUGCUGAAGCAGAGCCCCUUGGUGACGGAGCUCCGGCUGUUCGAUAUCGUCCACACGCCCGGAGUGGCGGCGGAUUUGUCCCACAUCGACACCCAGUCGAGGGUCGUGGGCAAGAGCGGACCUGAGAACUUGGAAGAAAUGCUGGCAGGAGUCGACGUGGUUGUCAUCCCGGCUGGAGUCCCACGCAAACCGGGCAUGACACGCGAUGAUUUGUUCAACACAAACGCCGGAAUCGUCCGAGAUCUCGCCGUGGCGGCUUCCAAUGUGUGCCCCAAGGCUUGCCUAGCCAUCAUCACGAAUCCCGUGAAUUCGGCCGUGCCCAUUGCCUCGGAGGUGUUGAAAAAGGCCGGCACUUACGACCCAAAGCGCGUGUUUGGUGUCUCCACUCUCGAUAUUGUCCGCGCUCGCGCCUUCAUUGGCGAGGCUGCCGGUGUGGAUCCGCAGAAGGUGGAGAUUCCAGUCAUUGGCGGCCACUCUGGAGUCACUAUCAUCCCAGUCUUGUCGGCCGUGAAGCCUUCCGUGUCGUUCUCGCAGGACAAGAUCGACGCGCUGACCGUGAGGAUCCAGGAAGCCGGCACUGAAGUGGUGAAAGCCAAGGCCGGCGCAGGCUCAGCUACACUCUCUAUGGCAUACGCCGGUGCGCGCUUCGCCCUGUCCCUCAUCCGUGGCCUCAACGGCGAGCAGAACGUGGUGGAAUGCGCCUAUGUGCGCUCCGACGUCACCGAGGCCAAGUACUUCUCCACACCGCUCGUCCUGGGACGCAAUGGCAUCGAGAAGAACCUCGGCCUGCCCAAGCUGAACGACUACGAGAAGAAGCUGCUGGAAAAGGCCAUUCCGGAACUCAAUGCGAACAUCAAGAAGGGCGAGGAUUUCGUCAAAUAAGUUACAUUUCUCAUGGAAUGACUUCUCCUUAAAUCCCAUUCAAAUUUAAGUUUUUUCGUUGUUGAUUUUGAACUUUAAAUCCCGAUUUUGUGUAAAAUCUCACGCAAGAACAUCGCCGUGAAUAAACUGAGACGAGUUAAGAC